AUGAAGUCUGCUCACUCUGGUACCCAGACAAGUAGUUCCACCAUUAUGACAUUCCACCCAACCAUGGAAGAAUUCUCAGAUUUCAACAAUUAUAUUGCCUACAUGGAAUCCCAAGGGGCACACAGAGCUGGCCUGGCCAAGGUAAUUCCACCCAAGGAAUGGAGAGCCAGGCAGUCCUAUGAUGAUGUCAGUGACAUCUUAAUAGCCACUCCCCUGCAGCAGGUGGUCUCUGGGAAGGCAGGUAUGUUCACUCAAUACCACAAAAAGAAGAAACCCAUGACGGUGAGAGAGUAUCACCUCCUGGCAGACAGUGAAAAGUAUAGAACUCCCCUUCACCUGAAUUUUGAAGAUCUGGAGAGAAAGUACUGGAAGAGCCGCCUGUAUGACUCACCAAUUUAUGGUGCUGACAUCAGUGGUUCCUUAUUUGAUGAGAACACUAAGGAGUGGAACCUGGGACACCUGGGAACCAUUCUGGACCUGUUGGAGCAGGAAUGUGGAGUUGUCAUUGAGGGUGUCAACAGGCCCUACCUGUACUUUGGCAUGUGGAAGACCACUUUUGCGUGGCACACGGAAGACAUGGACCUUUACAGCAUCAACUACUUGCACUUUGGGGAGCCCAAAACGUGGUACGCGGUGCCCCCUGAACACGGGCAGCGCCUGGAGCGCCUGGCCAGGGACCUUUUCCCGGGCAGUUCACAGUGCUGUGAGGCCUUCAUGAGGCACAAGGUGGCCCUCAUGUCGCCCACAGUCCUCCAUGAGAAUGGCAUUCCCUUCAACCGCGUGACUCAGGAGGCUGGUGAGUUCAUGGUGACAUUUCCCUAUGGCUACCAUGCUGGCUUCAACCAUGGCUUCAACUGUGCGGAGGCCAUCAAUUUCGCCACUCCGCGAUGGAUUGAUUAUGGCAAAGUGGCGUCUCAGUGCAGCUGUGGGAAGUUCAGGGUCAGCUUCUCCAUGGACCCCUUUGUGCGCAUCCUGCAACCAGAGCGCUAUGAGCUGUGGAAAUGCGGGCAAGACAGGGCGGUAGUGGACCACACUGAGCCUACAGUGCCUGGUAGACAGGCGAUGACCACCUGGAGGGACGUCCUUUCACGUAGGAAAGAGUCCCCCAGCCUGAGACAUUUCCCACUCUGGCAAGACCCAGCAGCUCUGGACCACAACAAGCCCACCGCAUCAGCAAAAGAGAGACAGGUUCCUGGGAGACUGGCGCCUAGCCUGAGACACCUCCGCAGGCAGCGAAAAAGAUGCCUCAAAUGUCCUGUAGCCACAGGCUGUGGGAGUCGUGGCUGCACCCCAAUAUGUCCUGCGUCCUGUAGCAUAUCAUCCCCAAAUGGUUAUAUGCAGCCCAGGACUGCAGUUAAGGGUUGCUUCCCAAAGUCUGGAAGGAUCGGGUCACGGACCAAAACUGUCAAUCGUCUUUCUUCUUGGGAAUUGGAGGCUCCUGACCCUACUGUCAUGACACAGACCAAAGGACUCCUAAUGGUGGCCACAGGGAACACAGCUUCAGGUUCUGAGCAUCAGCCCUUGCUUGAGGAUAGAGCUUUGAUGAACGAUUCUGUAUCUGUGUGA